GAAAUAAGUGGGAAUCUCUUGCUACCCAGCUUAAUAGUUUGGGGUAUACUAAUAAACCCGUUGAAAAAUGGAUAAAGGUAGGAACAUAUUUAGUUAUUCUUAUAUGGCAAAAAUCAUUUAAAAUAAUUAUGCUUUUCAGACUUGGACCGAUUUUAAGUCGGCAUUGAAAAAGAAAGCUGCAGAAAUAAAACGGGAACAAACUGGAACUGGAGGAGGACCCCCAAGUGGAAAACAAUUGACUUCCUACGAGGAGAGGGCUUUGAAAUUACUGGGGAGUAGUUUUAUUGGACUAAAUAUGGCAGAAGCAGGUUUGGAACCACCUCAGACAUUGGCCCAAUCACAAUUGCAUUUACCAAUAUCCGUAAAAAUAAAUGAUGGUGCAUCCACCAGUUGGCAAGAAGGGGUAUGUUCAUCUCCUACCUCUGUCUCUACAUCUAGUGUUCCCAUCAACCCAAUAUCUACAAAACCUAGAGUUGAAAAGAGACAAAUUUCAACACAUGAACAUAGUUAUGUGAAACAAAGGAAAGUGAGUGUUGAAGAUACAUAUGUGGAAACAAUUGACAUACUGAAAAACAUGGACACAAAACUGGAGUCAAUCAACCAAAAGCUAGGUUCUAUAGCGGAUUCGUUAAAAAUUAUUGCAGAGAAAAUGUAGUAUACUUUGUUUGUUCAUAAAAUAAAUAUUUGUUUACUGGUUUUA